AUGAACGAGAGUGUUGGUUUCUACAUUCCUCUUGGUGUUGUCUCCGCUUUUUGGUUUCUUGUUGGUGUUCUGGGCCCUGUUUUUGUGCCGAAAGGACCUAACAAAAUGCUCUUGUCUGUGUCGAUUGUGCUUACUGCUGUCUGUUGUUAUUUGUUUUGGAUCGGAUUUUACCUUGCACAGUACCAUCCUUUUUUCGGACCUUCAUUGAAAACAGGAUCAAUAAGAAUUAUCCAACAGCAGUGGAAGCACAAAUAA